AGCCUGUACACCUGUAACCUGUAAUAGUAAUAGUACUGUUAAUAAUUCUCUGAACUAAUAGGUUCCAGAAGGAAAUGAGUAUGUUUUAAGCCCAAGGCCCCACCUGCUUUGAGGUUGUUUACAGAGCUGCCAUUACUACCAUCGUUUUGAGUUUUCCAAGUUGCUUGUGGCAGAUGGGUUUUGCAUCUUCUGGCGAUUCAGAAGUAAUUUAUUGUAGGACAAUGGGGCAGAGAUAAUGGGUUUUUCUUCUAUUGUUAUUUUCUUUGGUUGGUAAGGAAGGUUUUGGAUUCUUGUGGUAUAGGUGGGGUUGAGAAUGGGAAUUCUGGGGUAGAUUUCAGUAGACAAUUUUAUGGGUUUGUGUCAUAUUGUUAUAUUUUAGGGGAUUUGUGGUGGUUUUUGGGGGGAAAUAUGUUGGAGGGGUUGACCCAAAGUUUGAGUUUUGUUUGUAGAGGGAGGUUUUGGACUUGAAAUUGGUGGUUUUCAAGUGGGGUUUUGUCCAGUUUAGUGGUUUUGAGGGCGGAAACUUAAAGCGGUUCGGUUCAAAUUCGAAAGUUCAGAGCAGUUGGGCUGUUUUGGGAGCGUUUCAGAAGCAGAAUUGGAGAACACGUUUUGGAAGCGGUUUCUCUUUUUGGGCAGGGAUUGCUGCGUUUUUUGUUUACCCGGUUGGUGGAUUAGGGUGGUUUUGACGUGUCACUGGUGGCGUUACAAUUUGAUCGCUCAGCAUUUGUAGUUUUUCCGUCAGAAACAAUUUGGGCUUUUUGUAAGUUUCUGGUGAUGAAAUUGCAUUUUCAAGGUUUUUCAGUUCUGGGUUUGAGAGUGUUUUGUUGGAAUAUUUUUGGGUGAGACUGGUUGUGGUACUUUACCAAGUUGGUUGGUCUCUCUAUAGUGACUUCUUCAAUCUUCAGUGAAGAAGCCCACUGUAUUUGUGUUUCCAACAAUGAAAAUGCUCUUAUUUAGGUUGUCAGCUUCUUGGAGAUGGUUAAAAAACCUUGAUCUAGGAUUGGUUUGACAUUUCCUGCAUUCUGUUUAGGGCAGUCUUUAUUUACUCUGUCCUGAACUGAAGGGUGCAUCUAAGGUGAAAAAGGUUUCAGUGGUUUUUGGUUUGUCUGUGAUUCAGAGUUUUAUUGGCCUAGAGGCUAGAACUGUUCCAUUUGAACCUGUUAUUUCAAUACCACAAAAUCAGAUGUCUUCCAAAUUUCCAGUUUCUGAAAUGGCUUGUAUGAAGCUGGGAUCCAAAACUGAUGCAUUCCAACGGCAAGGACAAGCCUGGUUCUGUACAACUGGACUGCCCAGUGAUGUUGUUGUUGAAGUUGGGGAGAUGUCCUUCCAUCUCCACAAGUUUCCUUUGCUUUCUAGGAGUGGGGUUUUGGAAAAGUUAAUUGCAGAAGCGUCAGAUGGAGGAGAAGAAGACUGUGUUAUACAGCUACCUGACAUCCCUGGUGGGGCAAAAACAUUUGAACUUGUUGCGAGGUUUUGUUAUGGGGUGAAACUUGAACUCACUGCGUCAAAUGUUGUUUACCUUCGAUGUGCUGCUGAACAUCUUGAGAUGACUGAGGAAUAUGGUGAGGGAAAUUUGAUUGCACAGACUGAACUUUUCCUUAACCAAGUUGUUCUUCGUAGCUGGAAAGACUCUCUAAAGGCACUCCAAAGUUGUGAAGAUGUCCUUCCCCAGGCUGAAGACCUCAACAUCGUUAAGCGGUGUAUAGAGUCUCUUGCUGUGAAGGCAUGUACGGACCCAAAUCUUUUUGGUUGGCCCAUGAUGGAGAAUGGUGGGCUUAUGCAGAGCCCAGGGGGAAGUGUCUUAUGGAAUGGUAUAAGCACAGGAGCCAGGCCAAGAAAUGCAAGUUCAGAUUGGUGGUAUGAAGAUGUAUCUACUUUAAGUCUACCUCUAUGUAAGAGACUGAUCUCAGUUAUGGAAUCUCGAGGCAUUAGACAGGAUAUAAUUGCUGGGUCCCUUGUGUUCUAUGCAAAAAGAUACCUACCUGGCUUGAAAAGACGGCAAGGUGUCAGUGAGUCUAGUACACGUCUUGUUCCUGCAGCUUUGGGAACUCCCCCAUCUGAAGAGGACCAGAAGCUUCUACUUGAAGAGAUUGAUCGAUUAUUGCCCAUGCAAAAGGGUCUUACCUCAACUAAGUUCCUUUUUGGGAUGCUUCGUACAGCGAUGAUCCUUCAUGCCAGCCCAUCUUGCAUAUCAAACUUGGAGAAAAGAAUUGGAAUGCAACUGGACCAAGCUACGUUGGAAGACCUCUUGAUGCCCACCUUCUCUUAUUCCAUGGAAACUCUUUACAAUGUUGACUGUAUACAGCGGAUUCUUGAACACUUCUUGACUAUGGAUCAGGCAACUGGCGGGGCCUCCCCAUGCUCGGAUGACGGACAGUUGAUGGGAUCACCUUCUCUCACACCAAUCACAAUGGUAGCCAAACUGAUAGAUGGGUACCUUGCGGAGGUUGCUCCUGAUAUUAAUUUGAAGCUCCCCAAGUUUCAAGCAUUGGCUGCUACUGUUCCUGAAUAUGCCAGACCAUUAGAUGAUGGGCUUUAUCGUUCAAUUGACAUAUACCUGAAGGCACACCCAUGGCUCACGGAUUCUGAAAGAGAACAGCUUUGCAGGCUUAUGGACUGCCAGAAGCUCUCCCUGGAAGCUUGCACCCAUGCAGCACAGAAUGAGAGGCUGCCUCUUAGAGUAAUUGUCCAAGUUCUCUUCUUCGAACAGCUUCAGCUGAGGACUUCAAUUGCUGGUUGCUUUUUGGUCUCUGACAAUCUUGAUGGAUCUAGACAGUUAAGGAGUGGGUUUGCAGGGUCAACUGAUGGGGGUUGGGCCACAGCCGUAAGGGAGAACCAAGUUUUGAAAGUGGGAAUGGAUAACAUGAGGAUGCGGGUUUCUGAGCUUGAGAAGGAGUGUUCAAACAUGAGGCAGGAGAUCGAGAAGUUGGGCCGAGUGAAAACUUCAAGCACAUGGGGCAGUGUAUCUAAAAAGUUCGGAUUCAAGCUGAAGUCACAGAUGUGCAGCGCCCAAGAGGGGUCUGUCAAUAACCAGAAUAGGGAUGUAAGUGGAAAGGCUGAGAAGGUGAAGGACAGAAAUGUGAAGCAUAGGAAAAACUUGUCUACAGAGGGGUAAUCUCUAUCUUUCGUUUUCCAUUCUUUUCCCACCUUGUUCUUUUGGUCUUCAUUAUUUGUAUUUCUAAAGUUCUCAAACUCUGAAUUUUCAUCUCCUCUGUGUCCAUGUCCAUGAGCCAUUCUUGUUUUCUUGCUCUUUUCUGUUUCCUUAAUUCAUUUUCCCGAUUACUCUCGAUUGUCGACCAUGUAAAGGAGAUGGGAAUAGAUACCUAUAAUGUAAUUUGUUCUUCUUGUAAUAGAAAGCAGCUUUGUCUA